GUCCGCCGCUUCCCUCUCCAGUCUCCCGGCUGCCGGCUCCCCUGCCCCUGGCCGCCGCUGUCAUGAACCGCGAGAGCUUGGCGGCGGGCGAGCGGCUCGUGUCGGCCGCGUACGUGCGGCAGGGCUGGGAAGCUCGCCGCUCGCACGAGCACCUCGUCCGGCUGCUUCUGGAGCAGGGCAAGUGUCCAGAGGAUGGUUGGGAUGAAAGUACACUUGAACUCUUUCUCCAUGAACUGGCCGUCAUGGACAGCAAUAAUUUCCUGGGCAAUUGUGGUGUGGGAGAAAGGGAAGGGAGAGUGGCAUCCACCUUAGUUGCCCGCCGGCAUUACAGGUUCAUUCAUGGAAUUGGACGCUCGGGUGAUAUUUCUGCUGUGCAACCUAAAGCCGCAGGUUCUAGUCUGUUGAACAAAAUUACCAAUUCUUUGGUUCUGGACAUCAUAAAAUUGGCUGGUGUCCAAACUGUGGCCAGCGGCUUUGUAGUUCCUAUGGCAACUGGUAUGAGCCUAACAUUGUGUUUUUUAACAUUGCGACACAAAAGAUCAAAGGCAAAGUAUAUUAUAUGGCCACGAAUAGAUCAGAAGUCCUGCUUUAAAUCUAUGAUCACUGCAGGUUUUGAGCCUGUGGUGAUAGAGAAUGUUCUAGAAGGUGAUGAGCUGCGCACAGACCUGAAUGCAGUGGAGGCAAAAAUCCAGGAACUUGGGCCCGAUUCCAUUCUCUGUGUUCAUUCUACUACAUCCUGUUUUGCUCCACGAGUGCCUGAUCGGUUGGAAGAACUAUCUGUGAUCUGUGCUAAAUAUGAAAUUCCACAUAUAGUUAAUAAUGCAUAUGGAUUGCAGUCAUCCAAGUGUAUGCACCUCAUUCAGCAGGGGGCUCGGGUUGGUAGAAUCGACGCUUUCGUUCAGAGCUUGGACAAAAAUUUUAUGGUUCCAGUAGGUGGCGCUAUAAUUGCUGGAUUUAAUAAAUCCUUCAUUCAGGAAAUCAGCAAGAUGUAUCCAGGAAGAGCCUCUGCUUCUCCUUCUCUAGAUGUCCUUAUUACUUUAUUGUCACUUGGAUCAAAUGGCUACAAAAAGCUGUUAAAAGAAAGAAAAGAUAUGUUUUCUCAUUUGUCGAGCCAACUGAAGAAGUUGGCAGAAGCCUAUGGUGAGAGACUAUUGCAGACACCUCACAAUCCCAUAUCUUUAGCUAUGACACUUCAGACACUGGAUGAAGGCUGUGACAAAGCCGUCACUCAGCUGGGCUCAAUGCUUUUUACCCGGCAAGUUUCUGGAGCCAGAGUUGUGCCCCUUGGGUCUGUGCAAACCGUGAAUGGCUACUCUUUCAAAGGAUUUAUGUCCCACAUGAAUAAUUACCCUUGCGCUUACCUCAAUGCUGCAGCAGCCAUUGGCAUGACAAAACAAGAUGUGGACUUGUUCAUAAAGAAACUAGACAAGUGUUUAAAGACAUUACAAAAAGAACAGAAUAAAGAGAGUGACAUAUGUGGAGUUGAGAAUUGCGAUGAAGCUAAAGAUGUGGGUAUAAAAGAAAUGGCUUUAAAACUAGACAAUUUACUUCUUGACACAUAGCAGGUUUCUUCUUCAUGAUGUGUGAAGAGUUUCUUUUUGAUACUUGGAGGGAGAUGAUAAAUCUACAGGACAAGCCAGCAACUUAAAGACAAGACUUGAAAUUUCUGGAUUGAGAAUUUUGGCUACUGGAAAAAUCUUUGACCAAGGGCUUGAAUAUAGUCUGAUAAAACUUCUUUUAUGAUUAUUACAACUUUUAUUCUGACUGUCUCAAUCUUUAUGCUUCUUAACAGAUUAUAAUUUACAGUCUAUUAGAGUAUUUAUCAAUUGAGAUACAAUCCAGAUAAUCCUUGCUAACCUGACAUUAAAAUGUAUCUUUCAAGUGGAAAAUGCAUCUUUACUCCUAACCAUUAUUUCCCAUUCAUAAAUUUCUUAUGUUUCCAAUAACAGUUCAAAAAGAUGUCAAAUGUGACCAAUUGUUAGAUGUUUAUUGAUGUAUGUAAGUUGAAAUA